AUGCAUUUCAACCCUGCAAAAGACAUAUCCGAUCUAUCGGGAAAGACUAUCGUCGUGACGGGUGGUAGCAGUGGUCUCGGCAAAGAAAGCGUCCUUCAACUUGUCAAGCACAACCCAGAUAAGGUGUAUCUCGCAGCCCGAACCAGCAAGCGAGGCAAUGCAGCAAUCGAAGAGAUUGAAAAAGAAGUGCCCUCAGCAAAGGGAAGAAUACAUUAUCUCGAGCUGGACAUGGCAUCUUUCGCGUCCGUCAAGCAAGCCGCCGAUCGUAUCGUGUCCGAGAACAACCGAAUUGACAUUCUAAUGAACAACGCCGGAACGACUGGUAACCCCGCCAACCUGACCAGCGAUGGCUACGAGAUCCAAUUCGGCAGCAAUUACAUGGGACCUACUCUCUUCACCAAGCUCCUCUUCCCACUACUCCAGCGUACCGCCGAGCAACCAAACAGCGACGUUCGCAUCAUCAACCUCAGCUCCGAACUCUUCAAGCAAGCCCCUAAAGAGGGUAUCCUAUUCCCCACACUCACAACACCUGCUGAGGAAUUGAGCUCCGUGGCUCGCUACGGCCAGUCGAAACUAGCAAACUACUACUUCAGCAGGCUUUGCGCCCAGAAAUAUCCCAACAUGACGUCCACCGCUCUACACCCGGGCGUUGUCAACACGGGCAUUUGGGAUAACUUGAAGACGAGACGGCCUGUGCUAGGAACGUUGUUUUCUAUCGUGUGUAGUCCCUUUUUGACUAGUGUUCCCGAGGGUGCGAAGAUGCAGUUGUGGUCCAGUACCGCACCGAAGAGCCAGGUCAAGAAUGGUGCUUUCUACACGUCGGCGGGUAAUGGUAAGGAGUACACGCAAGCGAUACUCAACAACGACAAGCUUGCGAACGAGUUAUGGGACUGGACGGAGAAGGAGUUUGCAAAGCAUGGGUAUUAA